UGUAUCGGGGCGAUCUGCGCUACUCUGGUCAGCACUUGUAGUUUUACCUUGGACUGGGGACCUACCCAUAUAUUUGCGCUAUUUCUGGUGUAAGCGUGCUGUAAACAUCUGUAAUGGCGACACUGACAGGUGUCUACUCGUACACACCGGAGGGUUUCCGGGUGACGAAAGAUAUGAAGAAGAGUUUCGAUGAUCAGGGAUAUAUCUUAGUCAAGGGCUUGUUCGACCAGGAGGAGAUGACUAACGUGAAGAAGGUGUUUGAGGACGGAAACAUCAUCGAGGAUAACGGGUUUACAAUGGAAGAUGCAGAUGGAAAAAAAGGGAGGAUGGUGUUGUGGAAUAGUCCCGGAAAUGACGUAUCUGGAAUGAUGGCACGUUGUGAGAAGGUCGUCAAUACUUGUGAAGACCUGCUUGGAGACGAAGUUUACCAUUACCAUUCCAAAUUGGUUUACAAAGAUCCCUUCAGCGGAGGUGCCUUCGUCUGGCACCAGGACUACGGGUACUGGUAUCACAACAGUUGUCUGUUUCCCGACUUGAUGACGGUGUUCAUAGCUAUCGACAAAUGCUCACGUUCAAAUGGAUGUCUGCAGAUCCUGCCUGGUUCUAACAAGUGUGGUCGUAUUGAGCACGGUGUCACACAUGGCCAAAACCGCGCGGAUUCUGAACGAGUGUCUGCUAUCGAGAAAGUCUGCCCUAAGGCUUACGUAGAGAUGGACCCAGGUGACACAUUGUUCUUCCACUGUAACCUGUUACACACGAGUUCUGGCAAUGAGAGUGCUGAUAGACGGUGGGCUUUACUUACUGCCUACAAUACUAAGGCGAACAACGCCCUAGUGCCUCAUCACCACUCACAAUACACACCUCUACACAAGGUGCCGGACAGUGCUGUAAGGAACUGCACUAAUUACAAUGAUUUUACCGGUAAAGAUUUCUGGGACCCGACCAAAGCAGAUACGGCUGGACAAGCUAUUCUUGAAAGACAAGCCAAGUGUGAAAAGUAGUAAUGAUAUUUGAUUGAACAGAUUAUAUAUAACCGUUAUCAUUAGGUACGCAGUGAUUUGUGGGCACGUGUAAUUGAUGAUUAUAUAAUGUUAACAUCAGAUUAUCAUCCAAAAUAGAUGUAUAAGACUUUCCUAGUGGAUAUUGUGUGUCUUCCAUGAUAAACAGAUGUUAAAAUGAGGACUUUUAGUUUCUUUUUUAAAUAAUACUUAAAGACAGCCUUAGCAUACAAGAAAACCCUUGCUCCAACGUUUUCGCAAUAUUUCUUACUCCAAACAUUGCAAGUCGUGCAAUUAUUGAUGACAAAAUAAUUUUCUGAUGGUAACAUAAGUAUCUAUGUUCAAUUAAAGGUGAAUAUGACUUAUGUAUAAACGAAAACAAUUGUCCUGUUGGGCCGUCCUAUGCUUAAAUCACGUUUAAAACUGGAUGUUGCAUCUUUUGAAGAUAAGGGACAAAUAUGGAUAACAGCAGAAUCUAUAACAGAAUAUAUACAGACCUGCUGUCAGAAAGAUCAUAUUUAGUCAUAUGGACAACUCACGUGAAAUAUAGCAACACAAAUCACCCAAUAAUGUAUAUACGUUAGCAUAAACAGAUUUGAAAAAUCACAUGACAUCAUGCAUUUUAAGAAGGUCAAGACCACUCGGCGUUAGAUAGUUAAGGAUAAACUAACUGUACAUGUGUAAUUAUGAAUUAGGGCAGGAUCGUGUCAUGUAAGACAGAACUUUUUUGAUAGGGCAGAAAUACGUAAUGUUAGAUAGGGCAGACAUACGUUAUUUUAGACAGAGCGUAAUAAGCUGUGUUAGUUAGGGCAGAAAUACGUUAUGUUAGAUAGAGCAGAAAUACGUAAUGUUAGAUAGGGCAGACAUACGUUAUUUUAGACACAGCGUAAAACUCAGAGUAUGUUAUCUCAGACAGAAAAGGACAGGACCAAUUGACGUUAGAAAGUGCAUUUCAAACUAACCAGACACAA